CACAGUACAGCCAAGCUGGAGCAGAGACCCCAAAUUUUGCAAAUAACAGGUUCAGAGAAAACUACCUCGCUGAACUCCCCCUAAAUUCAGAAUAGCACCGGCUCUGAAAAUAGCCAGGCGCUACACCUGCAUGACUUUUUUCUCUGGAAUAUUCAGAGUUCACAAGGUGAGAGAAAUAACUGUCACAGUUUACAGAGGAUGUUGAAUGAUCACCUGUGACAGGAGAGCAGACACACCUUCCAGGCUAUGUCACAAUCACCUGUACAGGGAAGUCACUGCAUCAGGAUCCCAACCUGCUGCUCUAUCACUGUUAUCUCAUAUCCUAUAAUGGUGAGACAUUGGAAGGUCCUCUUCAUCCUCUGUGCCGGGCUUGCAUGUUACCUCUCCUACCAGAAUCUUCACACCCAGCAUGGAGCUGGAGACCACUGGUCAAAGAAAACAAAAGCUAACCUGUCACCAGAAGAAUGUUCCCAUCUAAAGUCUCUCAUAUUGAAUUCUGUAAUGAAAAUAUUUAAACGGAAAACCUUUUUUGAGGUGGUGAAUGCACUUCAGGGGUGUCUGUGGAGAAAGGACCCGACAGAACGCAACCUGCUAAAGGAGAAGUUUCGGAAAUGCUGCAAUGCCUCCUUUUCAAUGAUCGUGACGCAGGAGAACACUCCGAUUGGACAUACAAUUCACUAUGAUGGAGAUAAAGGAAGUAAAAAUGUCACAGAGAAACUUUACAACUUGUUUCCAGAGAGGUCCCCAUUCCAUAAGCCAAUCAAAAGAUGCGCAGUGGUGGGCAAUGGAGGAAUUUUAAACAACAGCUUCUGUGGUGCUGAAAUUGACCGGACUGACUUUGUAUUUAGGUUGAAUUUACCUCCGCUGAACUGGACCAAUGACGUGGGGACAAAAACCGAUGUCGUCACUGCAAACCCGAGCAUCCUAAUAAAUAAGUUCAGCAGUCUGAUGGAAAGGAGGAAACCAUUCCGCACUAGGAUGAAGGAAUAUGGCCCUACGUUAAUCAUCCUACCAGCAUUCUCUUACUUGCAGAACACAGAGGUCUCCCUCCGGACACUCUACACCAUCAAUGACUUUGACUUGAACAGCAGAGCCGUCUUCUUCAACCCAGACUACCUCAAGAACUUGGCGGUUUACUGGAAACUUGUAGGUAUCAAGGCUCGCCGGCUGUCUUCCGGACUUAUGUUGGCGAGUGCGGCCAUUGAAAUUUGCGACGAGGUGACGGCCUAUGGCUUCUGGCCCUUUCCCCAAGACUUGGACGGAGUUCCGAUUCCCCACCACUAUUAUGACAACGCUCUACCAAAUCCUAAAUUUCAUGCCAUGCCCGAGGAAUUUUAUCAAUACCUACAAAUGCACGUUCGAGGGUCUCUACGCCUGAACCUGGGACAAUGUUAAAUGUUCUGUGCAGCACACAAAAACUACCUUAUAUACUCGAGUAUAAGCCAAGUUUUUCAGCCCUUUUUUUAAGGCUGAAAAUAACCCCCUCGGCUUAUACUCGA